AUGGCGGCGCCGGCGGGCUCUCUGGUGGCGGCCGUGCUGGCGCACUCGGGCCGCCUCGACAAGGAGGACCUGGGCACCCGCAUCGGGCGGCUCUCCCGCCGCGUGGAGGAGCUGAAGGGUGAAGUCUGCAACAUGAUUAACAAGAAGUAUAACGAGUUCCUGCCCAGCAUGCAGAGCGCCGAGGACCUGGUGUCGCAGCUGGAGGGGCUGUCGAGCAACAUCGACCUGCUGAAAGCGGGGAUCGAGAACGAGGUUCAGCAAGAUCUAAACAUCGCUGUUGCCGAAUUCACUGAAUUGAAGCAGCAGUUGGAGCGAGACACACUGGUUCUGAGUAUUCUGAAAAAGCUACAGGAGUUUGAUACAGCUAUUAAAGAGUACAAUAUUGCAUUGCUGGAAAAGAAGUAUGUUGCAGCAGCUCAGCAGCUGGAAAAGGCACGAUGCAGCCUGAAAAUGCUGGAAUCCCGCAAGGGCUUCGAGCUGAAGAUCCUGAAAGCACUAGGCACAGAGCUCACAGUGCAGACACAGAACAUGCUCUAUCAUCUAGGAGAAGAAUGGCAGAAAUUGGCAGUAUGGAAGCUUCCUCCUUCGAAAGAAAGCAGCAGCCUGGAGUCAGUGAUGCAUUCAGAAUUGCACUUACGCACAGUGCCGUCAAAAGAAGAGGAGAUUGCUGGCCCACCUGUUGCUUCUGUGCUGCAGGCAUUUGCUGUCCUAGGAGAACUGCACACCAAGCUUAAAAUUUUUGGCCAGUUGUUGCUGAAAUACAUCCUCAAGCCACUGAUUUCAUACCCAUGUCUUCAACCAUUCACAGAGGAACAGUCAGAUGUGUUCAUCCUACGUUUUAAGUCCGAGGAGCCUAACUUGGAUCAUUCCUCUCCUAUGGAGGUUUUUGACAAGAUCAAGCUUAUUUUUGAAGUUCUCCACAAAUAUCUGCUGAAUGUGCCUCUUGAGCAGCCUGCAGAAGAUAGAAAGAAUGGCAGAGUUACACUUGCAGAACUGCUAGGUGAUGCAAUAUGGGAGGAGUUAUCGGACUGCCUCAUUCAGAACUGUCUAGUGAAUUCAAUCCCAACCAAUAGCAGCAAACUAGAGCAGUAUGUAGAGGUGAUUAAAUCCACAGAGGAGUUUGAAAAAGCCUUGAAGGACAUGCAGUUUUUGAAAGGAGACACGACUGAUUUACUGAAAUACGCCCGUAAUGUCAAUUCCCACUUUGCUAACAAGAAGUGCCAGGAUGUGAUUGUGGCAGCCAGAAACCUGAUGACUUCAGAAAUACAUAAUACUGUGAAGAUCACACCUGAUUCCUCUGUAGCCCUACCAAGGCUUCCCAAUCCUGGGGCAGGAGAUCACUUAAAAAUGCAAAAAACUUCUAAACUUCUGCAUAACAACAUGGUGAAUUUGGAGAAUGAGACUAAACUGAGCCAGUACACGUUUUCUCUGCCCACGUGCCGCAUCAGUUCCUCAGUGGAGAAACUGAUGGAGCUGGCUUAUCAGACGCUGUUGGAGGCUACAGCCAGCACAGAUCAGUGCUGUAUACAGCUCUUCUACUCGGUACGGAAUAUAUUCCAGCUGUUCUAUGAUGUAGUGCCAACAUACCACAAGGAGAACCUUCAGAAAUUACCCCAGCUGGCAGCCCUUCACCACAACAACUGCAUGUAUAUUGCUCACCACUUGCUCACCCUGGGACACCAGUUCCGAUACCGCCUGACUAACAUCCUGUGCGACGGAGCAGCUACUUUUGUAGAUCUGGUACCUGGUUUUAGGAGACUUGGGAUGGAGUGUUUUCUGGCCCAGAUGCGGGUACAGAAAGGAGAAAUCUUGGAGAGGCUCUCAAGUGCCAGGAAUUUUUCUAAUAUGGAUGAUGAGGAAAAUUACUGUGCAGCAAACAAAGCAAUAAGGCAGGUAUUGCAUCAGUUGAAAAGACUGGGGAAAGUCUGGCAAGAUGUCCUUCCAGUGAAUGUAUACUGCAAGGCUAUGGGGACUUUACUGAACACAGCUCUCACAGAGAUUGUCACUAGGAUUGCUGCCCUAGAGGACAUCUCUGCAGAAGAUGCAGAUAGGUUGUACUCCCUCUGUAGGACCAUGGUGGAGGAAGGACCCCAAGUUUUCACCCCACUACCUGAAGAUGACAAAAAUAAGAAAUACCAGGAGGAAGUUCCAGUCUAUGUGCAGAAAUGGAUGACAUUCAAAGAGCUGAUGAUCAUCUUGCAAGCCAACCUCCAAGAAAUAGUAGAUCAGUGGGCGGAUGGGAAGGGGCCUCUUGCAGCUGAAUUCUCCGCAGCUGAAGUGAAGAGUCUGAUCCGAGCCUUGUUCCAGAACACAGAAAGGAGAGCAGCGGCACUGGCCAAAAUUAAGUAACUCUGUUCGCUCCCUACAUGUUACAUAUUCUGACAAAGAAAGAGCAAACUGAGUCUUUCAAAUAUUUUUUGGAUUGGACCCUUCUUAUUUGUACUGGUAUAAAAAAAGCUUAGCAUUAGGUAAGUGCUUCCUGGAGGCUUGACUGAGGGAGAAGAAACAUUCCUAGCUCAAUGUUUGUAGGGCAAAGAGAAUGGCUCUGUGAGUCUGGGACCAGAAAAAUCAAAGGUGGGUAACACAUGGACACUAACUGCUUGUGCUCCACCUGCCAGGCAGACAGAGUUUGGGCUUAAAAAUUCAACCUCUUGCCAUGCUCCCCAAAGGUGUUCUGCCCAGAUCCAAGUUUUCCUUCAUGAGCUGGUGCGUGUACUGUCCUGGUGAAGAAGAGAUGCUUUUUGUCAUGUUUGCUCAUUUCCAUUCUCUAGGAUUUCAUCUUCCUGUUAAGCCCAGCAUAGGGGAAUAAAUCACAUCUUGUAUCCAACAUCUCUUUGUGAGAACAGGCACCGCUGUCAGAUGGGCCUCUCAUACAAGGUGCUGUAUAAUGUCAUCUCAAGCUUGCUUGCUUAAGGGUGUUGUAGAGGGAUUCUUAUUUUUCAGUAGUCAGUCUUACCUAUGCAGUUUUACACUGGGGCCAUGUAGCCCCUUUGUGUCUUACCUCUUCUGUCCCUGCAAAUUACAUAGGAAACCCACAAACUUUGAUAGCUUUUGAUACCCUCUGAAGAAUGCUGAAGUGCCAAACUUUGCUCUUUAUCACCUCAGGUUUCCCUGAAGAGCAGACCUCAAGAGUGAAAAUUUAGGAGGGGUGGGGGGAGAAGAGAUCCUGUUCUGAGUGAACUGUUUAUCAAGUCACCGAGUUUUGCACAAGUAGUAAAAUUCCUCAUGGCUUUAUUUCUCAUGGAAAAUAUCUUAAAACUGACUUAGAAUUUUUCAAUCUCACUUUACCAAC